CACGACUUCUACAAAAUGUCUCUACUUUCAAAAGAGGAAUUCACUGAGAAGAUGAUACAAGCUGCUAAAAGUAGUUGUGACCUUCAGUUUAAAACUCCCGGUAUAAAGGAACUUCACUCACCCAAAUAUUUGACUGUUCAUCACUCAGGGCGGUCUUCAGAGUUUCAACGAGGCAUCCUAUUACAGUGUGCCACUAGUCGGAAUACCUUUCUUUGGUGAUCAAGCAUACAACGUGGCAAAAAUGGUCAGGGCUGGAAUUGGAGUCAAGCUGGACUUUCGAACCAUCACCAAACAGUCUGUCCUCCAAGCCGUGCGGACCGUUCUGGAGGAUCCCAGCUACCAGGAGAAUAUGAAGCGCUUUUCAGCCGUCUACCGGGAGCACCAGAGCACGUCCCUGGAGAAUGCAGUGUGGUGGGUGGAGUACGUGAUCCGCCACCAGGGGGCUCCACACCUGCGCAGCGCAGCCCUCGACCUGCACUGGUGGCAGCUGCUGCUGCUCGACGUCAUUGCCUUCAUACUGGCUGUGGCGGCCGUCGCGGCGUUUGUACUAUAUAAGUUGAUUCGGUGGUUGUUGACUUUGCUCUCUCGACCCAGCAAACAAAAGGAACAAUGA